CGCCACCUAGCGGAUACGUUUUGUGUACAUCGUAAUAAAUUUCACACUCACCAAUAAAAACUUUAAGAAUGUCGUUUGUUUUAAACAUGCCACCCUCUGUGGUGGCAAAGAAGCUGAAGGAGGAGGAGGACGGUGGAGGUGGGAUAGACGAGGGACCCCCUGGGAAAAAGAGGGAGGAUUGGAAGAAACUGAAAGAGCUGGAAGAGGCCAGGAAAGCUGGUACAGCACCUGCUAUGAAAGAUGAAGAGGGAAAAGAUAUCAACCCUCACAUCCCCCAGUACAUCAUGCAGGCUCCAUGGUACUUUGGAGCCAUGGCACCCACCCUCAACCAUCAAAGGGUCCAAGAUGAGAAGGUCAAAAAGUUUGCCGAGAUGGGUGCGUGGUACAAGAGAGGAAUCAAAGAGGGCAGCAUAGCCACCAAAUUCAGAAAAGGUGCCUGUGAAAACUGUGGUGCUAUGACACACAAGAAGAGUGACUGUUUGGAGAGACCGAGGAAAAUUGGUGCCAGAUUCACAGGAGACAAGAUUGCCCCAGAUGAAUACAUCCAGCCACAGCUCGACUUUGAUUUUGAUGGGAAAAGGGAUCGUUGGAAUGGUUAUGAUCCGAGAGAACAUCAAGAGACGAUAGAGGAGUAUGCAAAGUUAGAGGAGGCCAAGAAAGUGCUGAAAUCUCAAAGAAUGGAUCAGAAUGUUGAAGACGGUGUACAAGAUGAGCCAGAAGCUGUGAAGAGUAGCCAAGGUGAAGAUGGUGAGGACGAAGACAAAUAUGCUGACGACGUCGAUAUGCCUGGUCAGAAAUUCGAGAGCAAGCAUCGGAUCACAGUUAGAAACUUACGUAUCCGAGAGGACACCGCAAAAUACUUAUUCAAUUUGGACGUGAACUCGGCAUACUAUGACCCAAAGACGAGAUCGAUGAGGCAGAAUCCAUUGGCUGGCACAGCAAAGGAAUCAUCUGAGGCAGAUGCACAAUUUGGGGGUGACAACUUUGUUCGAGCAUCUGGACAGGCGCAUGAAUUUGCUAAGCAACAAUUAUUUGCAUGGGAUGCCUAUGAAAAAGGAGCAGAAGUCCACAUUCAGGCUGAUCCGACCAAGUUAGAAUUACUCUCGAAAGAAUUCAAGAAAAAAACAGAUGAAUUCGAGAGUAGUCAUAAGAACACUAUCCUGGACAAAUACGGUGGAGAGGAACAUUUAGAUGCUCCGCCGAGAGAGUUACUUCUGGCACAGACAGAAAAUUAUGUAGAGUAUUCCCGGCACGGCAAAGUGAUCAAAGGUUUAGAAAAAGAAGUGGCAAAGUCAAAAUAUGAAGAAGAUGUUUUCAUCAAUAACCAUACAAGUGUCUGGGGUUCCUACUGGAAGGAUGGUCAGUGGGGUUUCAAGUGCUGCCAUUCAUGUAUCAAAGGAUCGUAUUGUACUGGAGAAGCUGGAAAAGAUGCCAAUCAGGAUAAAAGUAUGGUUCUUAUGGGAGCACCUUCUUCAAGUCAGCAAGUGGAGGAACCCGAGCAAAAAACAUUAUUAGAAGAGCACCAAGAGAAUCGUGACAAAAAGAAGAAAGACAAGAAGAAGAAGAAAAAGAAGAAGAGGAGGAAGCAUAAGAAGCAUCAUUCAUCUAGUAGCGAAAGUGAGUCAGAGCCAGAGGAGGAUGAGGAGGCUAUAAAGGAGAAGAAGGUUCAAAUGGCUAUACGUAAAGAAGAAGAAAGACAGCGGGAAGUGAAUCGUCUCAUGAAGCUGGAUGAACGAAAGCGGCCAUAUAACAGCAUGUACGAGGCUAAGGAGCCUACAGAGGAGGAAAUGGAGGCUUAUUACAGGAAGAGACGGGUGGGGGAGGACCCUAUGGCUGCUUUCCUUCAGCAGUGAAUCUGACUUUAUUCAGGGGAGGGGAGGGUAGUAUCAUGACUUAAGGUUUGGAUAAGAAGACUCUGCUCAUUCUUGUGUUUAAUAUACAGUGAUCCAAGUUGGUGACAAUUUGAUGUAAACAUUGUGGGAGGGGUUUAUGAUUCCUUUCCUCGAUAGGUUACUUUCUUGGGGGAAGGGAUAUCAGUACCACCAACUUGGUACCACUACUUGGGCAAGGAGUUUUUAAUGGGUCAUUUGAAAGACCCUGCUCUCUCUGAUUGUGAAAAGUGAUUUUCUUAGGGAGAGAUGAUGAGAAGCAAAAGAGGAAGUAAAAAAUUACCAAGGCUCUCACUCUUUGCCUGAUGCGAUGUAGUCCUUUCAAAGAUGAUGAUGUGUUCAUGUGUUUUUGAGUCCUGUGUUAUCAUGAUGCAGAUUCUUGUGUAGAUAUUAUUGUAAAUAUUUAAAUAAACCUUACGUACCAUAUAGGUUUGCCUUGUUGAUCAUGAUGCAGC